AUGGUUAAGAAGAUCAUCUUCCCAAGAUUCGGGGUUCCAAGAGUGGUGAUUAGUGAUGGAGGAAAGCAUUUCAGUAAUAAAGUUUUUGAAAACUUGUUGGUGAAGCAUGGUGUAAAGCACAAGGUAGCCACGCCUUAUCAUCCUCAAACAUGUGGCCAAGUGGAACUUUCAAACUGGGAGAUUAAGGGGAUUCUAGAGAAGACUGUGGGUAAAUCUAGAAAACAUUGGGCUUCAAAGCUCGAUGAUGCUCUUUGGUUGGAGUACAAAGCUCUGUGGGCAACAAAAUUGAUGAACUUCAAUCUUAAGCCUGCAGCAGAGCGACGUUUGAUUCAACUUAAUGAGUUAGAUGAGAUUCGUUUGAAUGCUUAUGAGAGCUAUGACAUCUACAAAGAGAGAACCAAAGCUCUUUAUGACAAGAAGAUAAUCUUGAAGAAUUUCACUGAAGGUGAUAAGGUGCUCCUAUUCAACUUUAGGUUUAAGCUAUUCCCUGGAAAACUUUGCUCAAGAUUGUCCGGUCCUUUCGUUAUUAAGGAAGUAAGGCAUAAUGGUUCUUUGAUGCUUUUGAGUAACGCCGGUGAACCAUUUGCUGCAAAUGGACAAAGACUGAAAUUGUAUAUCGCGGAGUCCAAUUCUGAAGAGAUCACUACAGUUCCUCUUACAGACCUCGAUCAAGCUUAA